AUGGAUCAGAUCAAGCCCUCGAAGAACCUUAUACUGUCUCGCGAGAGCAUGAACACGGCUCUGGACACCCUCCGGGCUGGGCGAUCGGGGAAAAAAGCUACCCAGGAGGUGGCCAAGACUAUUUCUACUAGGACGCCUCCUCGAGCUUCCCGGUCCCCACGAACUUCCACUGAGGGGGCGAAGAAAGCUCCAAAAGACACCGCUGGGUUAUCCGUGGGCGUCGAGUUGGAGAGAGCGGACUCAACUUUGCUUCCUGGGGAGGCCCCUGAGGGGACAAUCGAGACCCCUGUAACUGAAGAGACGGCUCCUGGAGAGGAAGCGGGGGUCAUCUUUGUGGAUGAGGAUGUGAUAGAAGCCGCUGGUGAGGAUGCUCUGGUUGUUAGGAAUAUCCUCGUGAAGGCUUCUGAGACUAGAACGGCUGAGGAUGCUCUUCCCCAAAAGGAGUCCUCAGGUGUUCCUAAAGAAAUUUUUGGGAGGACGGCGAGCAAGCGUCCUCUCCACUCUGAUGCUCAUGCCCUAGUUCCUAAGAAGUUUCGAGCUCCUCGACGCCCGGAUCCCGCUUUACCUCCACUCGAGAAGAAGAAAACCUCGGUGGUGCCCCUGCUGUUCGCUUCUAACAAUGACAUUUUGAAUGCGGAGGACAUCACCCACAAGUCCCCGGCGAGUGUGGUCGCCGAGAUAAUCGGGGAACGAAUGUUUGGUGGGAUCACGACGGCUUCAGAUCCUCGCCUGCUAGCUCUCUCCGGCCUCCUGGCCAGCUCUACACAAGAGCAGGCGGCCUUCCGAGCUCGGUCCAGAGAGGACCUAGGGAAUACUGCUAGGGAGCUGCUCUUGAUGGUCACAGGUAUAUUCAUGGAGAUGGAUGCCCGGGAUCGCGUUCUCAGGGAAUCUAUGGACCGCCGUAUCGAAGAGGCUCGCCUUGAGGAGAACUUAUCCGCGACCAGCGAUGCCCGAGGCAAUCUCGCCGCUAUCCGGGAAGACUACAAGUCCCUCCAGGUUGAUUUGUGCAUGGCCUUGGAGGCUCGUAAGAAGGCUGAGGGGGAGACAGCUGAGGCACAAAAGCAUGCCCAGUCCCUGGAAGCGGAGUUGUCUCACGCCAGGAGGGUUCUCAAGGAAUCUGAUGAGAGGGCAGCUGCAGCAGAGAGAGACGAGGCCGUGAGCCAGAAGGAGGAGGUCCAGCGCCAGAAUGAGCAAUUAAAGGCAGAUUUUGAUGUCGCGUUGGCUCAAAGGAAUGAAGCUCUAGCUCGGGUCGUGGUUCUGGAGCAGGAGCUGAGCAAGCAAACUGAUAACGUUAAGGGCUUGACUUUGGCGGCAGAGGAGUCUCAACUUCAGAAUCAGCAGCUCUGCCAACAAUUCGAAUCCAUGGAGAAGAAGUGCUCGGCCCUGCUUGAAGAGGCCAAGCUGGCUGAAGAUAGGGUCCAGCUGGAGUGCGAGGAGCGCUUGAGGGAGUACAAGGAGUCCCCUGAGUUGAAGGACGAGAUCAAGCAGGCCUGUGAAGUUCGUCUCUAG